AUGAAGCACGGAGGCAAUCACAGACAGAAGAGACUGGGCGACUGGCUCCCCAGCCACGAAGUUCACCGAGAAUGGCUCGGAGGCGUCAUCCAAAAGGUCGACCAGAAUCCCAAAGAACUCCACCCCGUCCUGGUCGAGUUCAAGGAGUUGAUCGAAUGCAACACCCGAGUGUACAUGCUGUUUGAGUCCAUGUUCGAGCAAGUUCCCAAUAAGGUACCCUACAACAACGACCCGCGCGGACAGGGCCAUCCUCAGGUCCGCGACUACGACCACAUGCUUCGUGUCAUCAACCACAUAUUGACAACACCACCUUCGUGGUCUGAGGGCUCGGCUCGCGUUGGGCUGGUCGGUCUGCCAUUCAACGCCCUCUUCGACUGGCCCAUGGGGACGGCUUCAGGGUAUGCAGUGUUUCUCGAUCCAGACGUGAACAAGAUGUUGAAGAAGGUGCUCAACGCCUGGGGUGAUUUCCUUCGCUCCCCUGAGUCUGCCAAGGUUUUGGAGAAAGGUGCACAAGAAAGUUGGUUCGGUCCGCAUGGCGAGGAGGAGCUCACUACGACCGCUAACUUAGGGAAAACGAGUUACAAGUUCGAGGAGUUGUUCCAGUGCGAUCCGGCAGCGCCUCACAUGGGUUACAAGUCAUGGGAUGAUUUCUUCACGCGGUUGUUCAAGGAGGAAGCCCGACCCGUGGCCAGCCCCGACGACGACAAUGUGAUUGCCAACGCGUGCGAAUCCAAGACAUUUAAGGUGGCACGCAACGUCAAAGCCCGAGACCAUUUCUGGCUAAAGGGCCAGCCGUAUUCAGUCGUCGACAUGUUGGCGCAAGAUCCAUUGGCGGAGCAGUUCGUUGGGGGAACUGUAUACCAAGCUUUUCUUAGCGCAUUGAGCUAUCAUCGGUGGCACGCACCCGUGUCUGGCAAACUGGUCAAAGCAUAUGUGGUGGAUGGGACCUACUACUCGGAACCUCUGUUCGAAGACUUCAAACCCGACCAGCCAGCAGACUAUGAGGGAGAAGUGACCAGCCAAGGUUAUUUGACAGCCACGGCCACUCGGGCAAUCAUGUUCUUUGAAGCAGACAAUCCAGCGAUUGGGCUCAUGGCGUUUCUAGGGAUUGGUAUGUGCGAAGUGUCGACGUGCGAAAUGACGGUCAAGGAAGGGCAGCACGUCAAGAAGGGCGAUGAGAUUGGCAUGUUCCAUUUCGGAGGAUCGACACAUUGCCUGAUGUUCAGAAAGGGGGUUAACGUGGAAGGGUUUCCAGAGCCGAAUCCCGAGCACAACAUCCCGGUUCGAAGUGAGCUGGCGAGGGUGAAAGGGUAG